AUGCGUCGUGCCAAUGCCAAGCCGGGUCUGACUGGGAAGAGUAGCUUUCAGAUCUUCUUCGGCAGGGCUCGCCGUGAGGAGGAGGAAUUAAGACUCGCUCCUGGAGGCCCGACUCAGCCAGCCUGCUUGCCUACCCCGGCUGAUUCUCCAGAGGUUGUCGACGGCAUCAACAAGGAGAGAGAGGAACUGAAAGAAGAUGUCAUCCAGGCGAAGGAGGAUCGGUCCCCGGUGACGACAUUGAGACCGAGGCGGAAAGCUCAGAUGCCUAAGAUCGGUGCUGGACAUGGGAAGGGGAGAUAUAGCACUGAUUGGUAUAGAGUCGUUGAGGUUGAUCAUCGUUCCCUGAAAGUUAAGGUGCGCAAGAAGGAUACUGCUGAUAGCACCUCUUGGGAAAGCUUGCGCAAUGUGCGUCCUUUUUAUGGUUAA